UCAGUUGCGCGCCAGGCGUGCUGUGCAUUUGACGUGUAUAGGUUACGCGUUUUCGCGCCAAAACGCGCACGACUUUCAGCUGUCAAUUUUUGAAUUCCGAACACUUUUUUCUUCUUUACUGCCAGUCGUUUUUCAGUUUCAAUGUUGUGCGACGUUUGUUUUUUUUUUAUAUGGUGGUUUGUUUUUUAAUGUGUUUCACGGAGUACAAAAUUAUCAUGGUGUUUUGUUCAAUGUUUAAUCUGCAGAUAAUGGCUGAUAACAAAAGACAAGAAAACCGCUGUCAGCCGAGGAGAAUUUGAAAAUCGAACGAUUUUUAAAUUGAAUAGUUACACGUUCGCGUGUGAUUCUAAUUUCAAAUCGAGUCGUUUCGAAUUUUAAAAAUAGAUUUUUAGCAUAUUUUUUGGAUUCUUUAAUUAAAAUUACAUAGCGACUUUUAAAAGUGAAUGUUUGCAAAUAAGAUUAGUGAAAAAUAAGUGAAUGAUCUUUAUUGUAUUAAAGUGAGUGUGUGUAUGAUGUGUGCCGAUGCCGACUAUGGGUGAACCUCAAAUACACAAAACCCUCGUUCGGGUGAACUCGCCCGAGGACGAUGAGUCCAGAGACGAGGUGGAAGCCGAAUUACCAAAGAAAAAUCCUUUUGUGCGGGGAUCCGACCCGCGCGUGGCGACCUGUCGCGGCCGUCUACAGACCAGGAGAUGCCAGCUCAACCAGGAAAUUAACAAGGAGUUGAGGCUGCGAGCCGGCGCUGAGAACCUCUUUAAGGCCACAACAAACCGCAAACUACGGGAGACUGUCGCCCUGGAGCUGAGCUUCGUCAACUCCAACCUGCAGCUCCUCAAGGAGCAGCUGGCGGAGCUCAACUCCUCGGUGGAACUGUACCAGAAUGACAGCAAAGAAUGCGUGAUGCCUAUGAUCCCGCUGGGCCUGAAGGAGACCAAGGAGGUAGACUUCCGGGAACCAUUCAAGGACUUCAUCCUGGAACACUACAGUGAAGAUGCGGCCGCUUAUGAAGACGCCAUCUCGGAUUUUAUGGACAUGAGACAGGCGAUGCGCACCCCAGUCCGGUCAACGGCCGGCGUGGCGCUACUCUUCAAGUACUACAACCAGCUGUACUUCAUUGAGAGACGGUUCUUCCCUCCCGACAGGUCGCUGGGUGUCUACUUCGAGUGGUUCGAUUCGUUAACCGGAGUCCCAUCGUGCCAGCGAACAGUGGCUUUUGAGAAAGCGUGCGUCCUGUUCAACAUCGCUGGCAUCUAUACACAGAUUGGCGCAAAACAGGACCGGCACACAUGCGCAGGUCUAGAUGGCGCCGUGGACGCGCUGCUGCGCGCGGCGGGCACGCUGCGGUACAUCCAUGAGAACUUCACUAAUGCGCCGUCUGUGGACCUCGCUGCUGACACCUUAUUGGUCCUCGGAACGCUCAUGACGGCGCAGGCGCGCGAGUGCCUGCUGGAGAAGCUGCAGCUGCAGGCGCAGGCGCAGGCGCAGGCGCAGGCGCAGGCGCAGGCGCAGGCGCAGGCGCAGGCGCAGGACGUGAGCCUGGACCUCGCGCAGGAGAGCGCACAGCUCGCGCACGUCUACCAACAGCUUUAUGAUAAGAUGCAAUCAGAAGGGGUGCUAAACUACGUGCCAUACUCGUGGGUUUCAUUGGUCCACGUCAAGACUGAGUUUUAUAAAGCGUUAGCCCACCAGUACUGCGCGACGGGGCUACUGAGUUGUCCGCCGCGCGCCAGUAACGAGCGCCUCGCCGCGCUUUACGCGCCCGCCGGAGAUAGUAAUGUUGAUAAUGGGUCAGCAAUAUCUCCAAUGCUGAAAGACCAAGACCUGGACCAGGCGGCGCUGGGCCGCGCGCACCUCGCUGAAGCGCUCGCUUUGUAUGAAGAAGCGCUGAGACUGCAGAGGAUGUGUCGCGAGCUGCGCGACAAGGAGGCGCUGUCGCAGGCCGUGCGCGCGAUGCGCGAGCGCACGCUGCGGCAGCGCGCGGCCGCCGCGUGCGCGGACCUCGACCUCACCGAGCUCAUCGACGCGCCGCGCAUACUACCUUCAUCGAAAUUCCAACUGGCGUUAACACCACCAGAUUUCGCUCAACAUCGAGUUGAAGACCUAUUCAAAUCCCUUGGGCCUAUCGCAGUCUUCUCAGCCAAACGACAUUGGAGCGCACCAAGACUCAUCCAGUUACAGAAGAACAGCGAAAAACGCAACUCCAGAAAGGAAAAACGCAAUGGAAGAAUAGACGAUUACGAAGAACAAAGGAAUGGUAUCACAAGACCGAGCGACAAGAGAGACAGAUCAGAAGACAACAGCGCUUAUUACAACCAAAUCAUCAGAAGCGAUGAGAAAUAUACAGAUGAAUAUGAUAAUAAGAAAUUAAACAGAGUCAUGAAACAAAAUGGCGUUUACAUCAACAGUUAUAAUAAUAAUAAUUAUGAUUACCAUCCUAAAGUUUUGGAUUACGAUAAAUAUGAUUAUAGAAAUAAAAUUGAUGGUUUCGAGAAUGGGUAUAGGGUUGAUUGUGUUAAUGGGAAGGUUAAAAAUGGAAGGGAGAAGAGAAAGAGUGAGCUGAGGAGGGCGGCGAGUGAAUAUAAUGUAUCUUCGAAGUGUGAUGAGGAUGGGUUCGGCUUUUCUGUGAGAGGUGAUGCGCCAGUUGUGAUUGCAGCUGUGGAACCAAAUUCGUUGGCUGAGAUCGGCGGCAUGCGCGAAGGUGACUUCAUAAUCUCGAUCGGCGACCAGGACGUGAAGUGGAGCUCGCACGAGGAGGCGCUGCGCCUCGUGCGGCGCGGCGGAGACUCGCUCACGCUGCGGCUCGCCACGCCCAUGGACAAGAGCUGCUUGAAGGCAUCCCCUGAAACUCCACGUCAAUCGAACUCGACCCAGGGCUCGGUGUCGGGCGCGUCGAGCGCGUCGAGCGGCUCGCGGCCGCGCUGGAACCCGUUCCGGCGUCGCGCCGCGCACGCCUCCAAUGUCAUCUUCAGAUAAUUCCUCGCAACGCCAUCUAUUGCUCUUGUCUUGGAACUAAUUUCAGUUACAGAGGUUUAAAUAUAAAAUAAACCCCAAGGACUCCUGCUCACAAUGGGCGAACUCAAUUUCUGACGCGGAUGAAGUUUGAAUGUGACUUUUACUGUCGGAAGUGACAUUUACUACGUCAAACACGCCAAAAAUCAACAAACUGUUUAUGGAUAUUAUAUAGCAGCUGUCAUACAUACGAUACCAGUAACACACUACCGUUACUAAUCACGGCGAAUGGAAACACGUUGCUGGUUUGCCCUUGUAUUGCUACAAAACAUUAAAACUAUGCAAUGAACUUUAACUCGCCAUAUAUUGGCCGGCAGUAACUGGCGUCAAAUGACGCAAUUUUAUCCCUAACACCAGCCAAAGCAUGUCCCGCGCACAUGCACACAACACAAUCGUAAAACAAACCUUGCACAACACCAGCGCCCCUAGCGGCGAAUUCGCUGGCAUUUGACGCUCAUUACGUCAUCCUACCAUAACGCCAUCUAUUAAUUUCGGAGCAUUAAAAUAAGAUCUAUUUCUAAUAAUUGAAUUUCGAAGAAACCAACCAAACGUCAUCUGUUAUUUAGUUUCUAAAAGUAUUGGGUUUGAAUCUAAUUCUUUACGGUGUGAUGUUCUUUGAAUUGUAUUUUGUUUUUAAUAUCAUGUAAUGAAUGUGAGCGCUUUUCACUUUUAUAUAUUUGGGUUCCUAAAUAUAUAAAUUGGGACCUAUAUCGGCUAUGAUGUUCCAAAGCAAUCAUUUAAUACAAACAUUAAUUUCUUAUAUCUAAACUAUUCAAUUGGGAACACAAUUUCUUUAGGUUACUGUCAAUUUUGUUUUAUAUUUUUACCCUUAUAAUUUGGUAUUACUGUGAUUUAAAAUAUCUUCUUAAAUAGUUUACGAUUAUAUUUAUAUUCGAUUUCUAUGUUUCAACGUGCUGUAGAUUGAAUACAAUCAAAGUCUGCUUGGUAUAUUAUUAUUAUUGAUGUGGUUUUAUUAUUAUUAUUAAUGUUCGGCAAAAAUGAAAACUGUAACAUCUUUUUAUCUAACAAAGACGUGGACAGUUGUAUUUUGAAAAUAGAAUUUAUUCUUUUUUUUAUAAGGCAGGUACUUAUUUAUACAAUUAUUAUGUUUAAAUAUUUAUAUGCACUGUACGAUAUUAUUAUAGUUUAUGUAAUUAGUAUGUAAAAGAAAUAUAUUUUCCAUAUUUACAUGUGAUAAAAAAGCAUCACAAAAAUAAUGUCACUAAGUAGUUAUAAAAAAUGUUAUAUUUACUUAUAUGAUUAGAUAAAAAUGUAUUUGUAAGUAUAUGCAAUUAAAUGUAAUUUUGGUUGUGAUCGAUCUAAAAAAGUCAAAUAAAAAAGUAUAUUUAAUUGAUCGCACCCAAAACAAUGUAUUAUAAAAUUAUAUUUUAGAUUGUGUCACUGUUGCGGCCAAAGCCUGGCAACACAAGGAAGAGAGGCGACGGAUUUCCGUCGCUCGCCAUCUUAGACUAACUCACAUCUUGUACGCACCAUUGUCCAAAGAAUAAAUUCUAAUCUACAAAACUCAGCGCCUUAUAAAUACAGUCCAGUCACAACCUAUAUUCAGGCCUCUGCGCCAACAGUCACAGUUUAAAAUAUAGGGUAUGUAUGUAUGAAAAUAGUAAGUAGUUAAAUUAAUGUAUAUCGUUGUAUAGAGUUGAAUAAAAUCAUUAUUAUCAAA